CAAGAACAAAGGUGAAUUAUGCAGUCACAUUCACUACAACUGUGUGUUUCUGUUUUGUGUAUCUUUUCUUUUUAACAUGAAUUUUAUUACACCACCAAAACCUAAGAAGUACCGACCAAGAGAAAAGGAGGAUGAUACUCUGUCUGCUUUUGGCAGCUUUUAGCAGCCCUGUGUUCGCUGGAGAGUGGACGGCAAAUGUUGUAAAAGAGCUUGAUGUCCUGGUCCAGUCCUGUGCUGUUGUACCCUGUACAUUCACCCAUCCUAAAGAAUACCAUCCAGACUCUGCAAUCAAUGCGAUCUGGCAUCUCAAAUCUGAUUGGAAGAAACGCAUCUAUAGCGAUGCUCAAAGAGAUGUCUUGGAAAACUUUAAGGGACGCACAAAGCUGUUGGGACAUCUGAGUGAUGGCAACUGCACCUUAGAAAUGAUUGAAAUCAAAGAUCAUGACAACGGCCCUUUCUGUUUCCGGAUGGAACUUCCGACCGGUUCCAUCGACAAAUUCUCCUUUGUGAAUCAUUGUGUCAUGUUCAAGAUGCUCCCUAAUCCUCCAGAUCCUAUUCUGACUCACUCAACAGCCAUUCAAGGACGUCCCUUCACAAUUACCUGCUCAGUCACCCACACCUGCCCUUCCCAUGUGCCUGAACUCACAUGGAAUAGGGCCACUACAGAUGAUGUGGUCACUGUCGUCCACAAAAAAAAUCGUUUCGGCUACUGGGAGAUGGAAUCCAUCCUGGCGUUCACUCCUGAGGAGAAGGACGACCACAGCGAGAUCAUCUGCACGGCGGCAUUCUUUGGAGGGCGAAAAUCUCAAACCGUGUCGAAUCUCUAUGUGAAACGUACAGACAAUUAUAACCACAUAAUCGUUCCAACGGUGGCGGUGAUUGGUACAGCUGGGAUCUUUGCAGUCUUCUGUACCCUAAUGGUGAAGAGAUAUCGGAAACGCAUUGAAGAGCUCCAAAGUGCGGAUGGCAGCAUGUGGAACCGGAUGUCCAGGCUCUCUCGGAGGAUCCGUUCCCAUGUGUCAGGACCUUCUCGUGCCGAUCCAAGACAUGCCAACCAGAAAGUCUCCAAGGGUCGUUUCCCAUCCCCCAAAAGCCAGCCCAAAUCCUGCAAUUAUCGACAGGACCCUGAUGACGGGGAUGAUUACAUGAACGCUGUGGACAACAACGUCUAUGGAAACAUGUGAAAAAACAACUGAAACGUGCUUAAAAUGAUCAUUUGAAUAACAAUCUGAUGCUUGCAAUUAAGAUAUCAGACUGUUUAGGUAAUCUCUGUAAUAGAACAAACUAUAAUUGAUUUGUCUUUGCUCAUUUCAUCAAUUACUUAGGGAAUGUAAAAUUCGUCAGUAAGUGCAACUUGUCCCUAUUGUUAAUUUUUUCAAUGUUUCUAGUUAUGCUAAUUUAAGAAAACCAUCAGGUGUCUGGUUCCAUAUUAUUCUUGAAAAAAUUGAUUUGUUUUUUCCCCAAACAAUGGCAAACAAACUAAAUUAUAUCAAUGCUUUUUAUUUCCCCACAUUUCAAACAAUUCAACCAAAUACUUAAAUUCCCUAGAGCGCAUACAAUCAUAGAGGCGUUGAGUAUUUGAUAUCUCAUAUAAUAACCAAACAGUAUAAGAAAUAUUUGACUGUAAUGGAAAAAGGCCAAAUGCUGUAAAUUAGACCAAUUUGAAAUUAUUUUCCUGAAUCUAAAUACAGGUCAAAUGUUUUUAUAUGCGGUAUGUUAGCGAUAUGUACAAUACCAGUCAAAACUUGACACACUUUCUCACUGAAUGAGAAACUGUAUCCAAACUUUUGACUGGAACUGUAUGAACCCCAUUUGUAAAGGGAUGUUAUUGUAUAUUUUACGUGUUUGUAAAGUUAAUAUCCUUCGCAGCUACUUUGCCUUCCCUUUAGCUGGUAAAUUUUUUCUUCUUUAUUCUUCCUUAUAUUUUAGAUUGAGGUUUCUUAAGAGUUCUUAAAAUGAGUAAAAAUCUUACAAUUACUUUAACAGGUGGUAAAAUGCUUCAUAAGCUUUCAGCGCUAAAUCAUUCUGAUCUUUACGAAAGACAAAAUAAAGGAAGCUUCUGUGUAACCUGCAUUUUAUUAGGUUAGUUUUUGCUGAAGAACUAAGUUUUUCCCAGAAAUUAUUCAUGUCACUAUGGUGAGACUAUUGAUUACUUAAAAUGUUGAAUGAACAGAGGACAUUGUAAGAGUAUUCAUUGUUUACACUUUGAGAACAGGAAACAGCUACUGCUACUACAAUUCAAAGUCUCAACUUUACUUUAACCACCACUCGUACCAUAUUGCCUCAUAUUAGCAUUAACUAAACUAGGU